GGCGAGGAGAAGGGAAUACGAGUGCGAGGCGCGGGGCGCGUCGGCGCUUUCGGCCGACGGGCCACACGUGACGGCGCUGAUGCAGCGCCCGUGCACGCCUCCACUGCAAACAUGCCCACGCUGCUGCGCCUCCAGACUUCUCCCCGCGACACAGCUCCCAUCUCCCCUCCCACCAUACCCCCCCGCCAAUGCCCAAGAUGAGCUCCAUCGCAGUCAAGGUCAAGCACAACGGCGUUGUGCACGACGUCUCGCUCAACCCGGCCGGCCCGGCAGCCGAGUUCAAGGACGCCAUCUACCAGCUCACCGGCGUGCCCGUCGAGCGGCAGAAGGUCAUGAUCAAGGGCGGCAUGCUCAAGGACGACACGGACAUGACGAAGCUCGGCGCCCGUCCGGGCCAGACGUUUAUGCUCAUCGGCACUGCCGGCCCGCUGCCCACGGCGCCAACCGGCCCGCCGCCGAAGUUCCUCGAGGACCUCGAUGACUCGGACCUGGCGCUCGCGAUGCGCACCAAGGCCGGCCUGAACAACCUGGGCAACACGUGCUACCUCAACUCGACGCUGCAGGUGCUGCGUGCCAUUCCGGAGCUGCAAGAGUCGCUGAAUAACUUCAAGGGCACGCUCGCAGAGGCCGACGGCGAGAAGCGGCUCACGGCUGCUCUGCGUGACCUGUACAAGGACAUGUCCACCACGACCGAGGCCUUCCCGCCGCUUGCGUUCCUGACGAUCUUGCGCCAAGUGGCGCCGCAAUUCGCCGAGAUGGCGUCGGGCGGCGACCACGGCCACGGCCCGGCGGGCUACGCGCAGCAGGACGCCGAGGAGGUGUGGGUGCGCAUCAUCAACGCGCUGCAGAACAGCCUCAAGGGCCUGGCGCCCGGCCAGGCAGGCGAGGCGUCGGCGCAGGGCGGCGACGCCAGCCGCUUUGUGGAGCAGUACAUGACGGGCCGCAUGAUUGUCAAGCGGUCAACGGCAGAGGCACCGGAAGAGGAGCCGACGUUCAGCGAGGACCGCUUCUCGGUGCUGCAGUGCAACAUCUCAGGGACGACCAACGAGAUGACCUCUGGCAUCCUGGACUCUCUGAACCAGCAGUUGGAGAAGAACUCGCCGACCCUCAACCGCAGCGCAGUGUACGACGAGACGCGGCGCAUCGACCGGCUGCCGGCAUACCUGGCCACGCACUUUGUCCGCUUCUACUGGCGCCGCGACAUCAACAAGAAGACGAAGAUCAUGCGCAAGGUCAAGUUCCCGUUCAACCUCGACGUGACGCCGUUCCUGAGCGACGACCUGAAGGGCAAGCUGUCGAAGACGCACGCCAAGGUCAUUGCCAUCGAGAAGGAGCGCGACGAGCGGGUCAAGAUCCGCCGCAAGGCCAAGGCGAAGCGCGAGGAGGCCAUGAAGAGCGACGCGAACCGGUCGGCCGACCCCAAGUCGCUCGCAUCUGCGUCCACGGGCGGUGUCGAGGCGCCAGCGCCCGCCGAUGCGAUGGCCGUGGACACCACAGAAGAGCCAAUGGCAAAUGCGGCGCCGUCGAGCUCCAGCGCGCCGGGCCAGGUGUUGACGGAGGAGGAGGAGGUCAAGCUGCGCGCGCAGGAGGCCGACGAGGUGCGCGCCACGGUGCAUCCCGACCUGCUCAACGACCACGGCUGCAACACGUCUGCGCUCUACGAGCUCGUCGGCAUCGUCACGCACAAGGGCGCCGCUGCCGACGCGGGCCACUACAUCUCCUGGGUGCGCAAGGAGCAGGAGUCGGACGUCGAGGGCGUCCAGCGCAUUCUCGACGCGCCGGCUGAGCAGGAGUGGUACAAGUUCGACGACGACCGCGUGUCCACCGUCAGCAAAGACAAGAUCGCAUCGCUGGACGGCGGAGGAGAGGACUCUGUCGCCUACAUCCUCCUGUACCGCUCCAAGGAGAUCAAGUGAGCGUCUGGUUCC